UGAAUCGUGUGGGUGGAUGGGCGGGUGCACUAGGAAAAAAUUCUGCUGCUCAAAUAAAUCAACGCAUUUCUUUUAAAUCGUUAUCGUCAUUCUGAAGUGAAUUUAUUUUCUGCAAGAAGAGAACUGUCUCUCUCUCUCUCUCUCUCUCACACACACACGCACAUGAUAUUAAUGGCAUCAAAUCUGGAUAGGCCUUUCAGAGUUUCAGUCGGGAUCGUGGAAAUUAAGACUUUGAAAGUUUGAAGGUCUGUAAUCUAGAUAGGUCUUUCCUUCGGGAUAUAGGAAAUCGAGAAUUUGUAAGUGUUAAGAUCUGUGAAUUUGGCUUCACGCAUCGAGCCCGAUUGGAUUGGUUGCUGAAAUUUUCGAAGAGGCGGAAGUUUUGAGUUCAUUUGCAUCAGGUGUUCUUUGACAUCUUCUUUACCACAGUGUUUUUUUUUUUUUUUUGAGAUUCUCGUCAUCGAUCUGGAGCUAUGUGAUAGGGAGAUCUGUCGGUGAUGGUCAUUCGGUUGAGUUUAUCUGAAGCCUUUUUUUUUCGUCUUUGAAUCGGUGGAUAUUCGUAUUGUCAGAGAUAGUCAUUUGUUCAAUCCGACGACCAACCUUUUUUUUGGAUUGCUUUUACUUCAUCUCAACUAGGAAAGGAUCCGAACUGACAAAAUUUGGACAGACAAAUCGGGAUUUAUAUGUCGUGUAUUCCUAAUUUUUCGUCUUUUGCAUACAAGUUCUCUGCGGUUUUGGAUUCACAUUUUCAUUCAAGUUCUCUGCUGUUUUGCUUCAUAUACCUGGACAAUUAUUCAAUAUUCACGACCGGCACUGAAGCUCUGAGUGAUCAAGGAAUUUGAAUAAUACAUUCUCAGAUUGUUACUGCUGCAUUUUGUUAGAUCAAGGAGUUGACUGUCACGGCCCACGGGAUUUUUAAGCUAGAGAAUCUGGAAGCCUUUUGUUUUCAUCUUCCCCUUCCUCACUGUCCUAUAAUUUCCUGAAAUUUCCAAUGGUUGAUUGCCGUAGCUUGAUCGAGUUUUGCAAGGCUUUUGAGCAGCACCGGAACAUGGCAAAUUCCUUAGGCAUGUCGGAUCAGAGCAAUCACAAUCAUUCUCGUAGCAAGAAGCACAACAGUUCCUUAAACCUCUUGUCCCAUCCUCUUUGCGACCACUCGCCAUUUGCUGCUAUUGACAUCAUUUUGUUUCUUCUGGUGCUUGGAGCGCUGGGGUUUCUGAUUAUUCCAUACUUCAAAUUCCUUUUCCGUGGAGCCUCUGAGCUUCUUCCCGCAGUUUAUAUCCUCAUUGGCAAUGUUAUGUAUGAUGCACCUAUUGCUUAUGUGGUUGGAUUGGUUGUAACGUUCGUUACGGUGAUUGCUGCGUGGGAGAUCAUCCAUCACAAAUCUAGGAAGUGUGGGAAUCCUUACUGCAAGGGACUUCGUAAGGCAGUAGAGUUUGAUAUCCAGCUUGAAUCAGAAGAGUGCGUGAAGUACUUGCCUCCCGUACCAAAGGACACAUAUGGUAUCAGGCCUCUGGAAUUAGGGCAGGAUCACAAGGAACUGGAAGCAGAACUGAAAAGGAUGGCACCAUUGAAUGGCCGCACGGUUCUUAUCUUUAGAGCACCUUGUGGAUGCCCUGCCGGUAGGAUGGAGGUUUGGGGGCCCAAGAAACUCCGUAGAAUUAAGAAGUAGAUAAAGAUGUGUCCAUUAUGACUUUUUUUGCGUGUUCUUUUAUAUUAAUAAACUAAGAACUAGAAGUAUCAGUUUAUCAUGACUGCAUGUUCCUCACUUCUAAAAUAAGUGACAUCUAGUAGGGUCUAGUGAUGGUCACAUGUGAUGGGGAAAUCUUGUAUCUCCUUUUUUUUGUACUUGUUUUUCAUGAUAUUCAAUGACCCAAAAUAUCACAAAUUCAGACUUAUUAUGGCUAUUA